AUGGAUAAUCAUAAAGAACUGGUUUUUUAAGGUGAGGUCAGCCCAUUCUCGAAAAAAAUUAAUUUUGGCAAGAAAAGUAAAGGCUAUUUAAUUAAUGUUAUAGUUCAAUCACUCAAAUACGGCUUUUCUUCCUGUGUGCCAUAUUAAUUAUUAUUUAUUGUUUUCAUAAUAACUCUAUCGAUAGUUGAGCUUUCAUUUUUGAUAGAUUUAAGGUUCAACAAUGAAAAUCACACUCAAUAAAAUAGAUUCAUAGACUUAGUUAGAAUAUCUAGACUAAAUUCAAAUAUAACUUAUUAGUAAAUAAUAAUAAUAACCAAUUUUAUCUUCAUUGUAAUUAAAUUGAUUGUUUGUGCUCUUUCUGUUAUAAAGGCUGCUUUUUUUAUAGCAAGGAGAAAGUAGUGGAACUCUUUUUUUAAAGUACAAUAGUUAAUUAACUCUUUAUUUCAAUAUAUUUUAUUAAUACCUUGUUGGUAUGUAUCUAUGAAUUUCGCUUUUGGAAAUACUGGCGCUUCUUUUAUGAAAGGUCUAUCUUAUUUCAAUUUAGCAUUUACUCCUUUUAUAGGAUACUUGAUAGAAAGAAAAAGCAUCGGGUACAGUUUUCUAUCUAACAAUUAUUCAUAAAAGAAUAUUUAAUUUUUAGGAUAAAUAAAUUUCAUACUUACGCUAAUUAUGAUCAUAAUAUAUAGAAUUUCUUCAAGCAGAAUACUUUGCUUAUUUGUCGCUUUUAAAUAAAUUUUUAAAAUUGCAUUUUUAGUUUUUAGAAGUGAAUUCUAAAAAUAGUAAAUUGAACUUGUAAAUAUUAUAAAUCAAACAAUUAUUUUAGUUAUUUCAUUAAUCUAUUUGGUUAACUAAUAAGAAGAGGCUUCAUUUUUAGGAGCAAUUAUAGGGAUUGGUCUUUCUUUUAAAAUUGGUAUAACAAUUUUUAAAUAAAGAAGCUAAAAAAUUUUGCAAUGUUUACUGAAAAUUAGUGAUCCUUAAAAAGCAAUUAGUGCAUAUGAGCUUAUUUCAUGUAAUAUGUUUUUAGUUGAAAAAAUAAAUUAAAUUUAAGAAAACUACGCCUUAGACUAAACUGGAAUGAUAUUCGAAUAGAUAUAUAUAAAUCACAUAGAGAAGUGUUAGGUUAAUUCAUCCUUCCCUUGCUUUUGCAACAAGUAUUUUAAUGAAAUCUAAUAUUCUAGAUAGUAAUAGUUUAUUGAUGAACAGUAGAGAAAAAACUUUAUCUUAGAUUUUAUAGAUAAUUCAUUCACAAAUUUUAUUGCUCGAAAUAAUCGUAGAAUCGACACAAGUCUUCUCUUUAGCUACUAAUACUUUGUGAUAGAAAUGUUCAAGAACCCAAUCAAGUCUUAUUGCAACUUAGAAUAUAUCAAAACUAAAUUAAGCAAUCAAGAGAUUACAGUCGCAGAUGUUAUUACUCUCGAUGAAAUUUAAAGCUUAAUGCGAAGUGUUUAUAGCGAUUAGCUGCUCAACUUGUAAUGCAAAAACUAAAAUAUGAACAUGAUGCAAAUAAUAUAUCAUGAGAGGGAAAAUAGAAAUGUUUAAAUUAAAAUAAUUGGAUUAAUGAAAAAGACCGGAUUAUUUUAUAAUUAUCUUUGCUAGAACUAAGUUAAUUUAAGUCUAAUUAAAGAAAAAGCUCAGUUACUUUGUAAAGAAUAGAAGAAAGUCAUCCAAAUUUUAAAUAAUUUAAAGAGAAACUCAACAAACAGCUCCCAAGUUAAAGAUUUAUGUUCUAUUUUCUAUGAAAUAUAUUGUCAAGAGAAAUACCAACAUUAAAUUAAUCAUUUUUAAUCAUAAUUUCAAUUACCCGAUGAAUCAUUCAAAAACUAUAGAGAAAGUGAAGAAGAAAAUACAUAUUUUAAAAGAAAAACAGUUGGAAUCUCAGAAAACUAAUGUGUGCUCUUUUGUUCUUUUAUUUAGGGUAAAUGUUGCAUUCAUCUAGCUACUGAUUAGUUUUACUAACUUUUUUCAUCUGAUAGCACAACCUAAGUUAUUAUGAAUGUUAAAGGCAGGAAUCUGUGCGAAUUCAUCCCCACUGAAAUAAACACUAUCCUUAAUGCCUUCAGUCUAAAUUCAACCAGCCAAAUAGAAAGCAAAUUCUUAAAUACAAAAAAUAGAUUUAACUUUGGUUUGGAUGACAAAGGUUUUAUAUUUCCUUUAAAGAUUACAAGCAAAUUACAAAAAUAUGGAGAUGAAGUUGGCAUUUGUUACUUACUAAAUAGAAUCAAUAAAUAGAACAAUUACAUUCUGCUUUCCAUGCAAGGAGGAAUUCAAGCAGUAAGCUAGAACUUGUUUUCAAUAAUAUCAAGCAACUUACAUAUAAAGCUAUCAUAUGACGCUUUUAGAUAGUUUUCAAUUACUGAAUUAAUACCUUUAGUGAGUAUGAUUGAUUCCAAGGAAUAUGAAAAUAAUGAUAAGUAUUACUCCACUCUUUUGAUAAUUCCAAGACACAAGGGCUUAUUCCAUGAAAAGAAUUAAAUUUCUAUUGAAAAUUUUACUAUUUAGCAGCUAAAUAAAGCAUAGAAUUAAUGGGAUUUUCUAGCAGCAUUUUAAAUAAAAUUUCAACUUAAUAUUUAAAAAGAAAGCAAUGGAUAAUUUUUAUUUAAGUAUAUCAAAAUUAAGGAUAUUCAAGAAAUCAAUAGCAUUUCUGAAAUUUAAAGGGAAAUUCAAAAUAUAAACAAUGCCUUUAAAGAUAAAAAUAGUUCUAAAACUUAUUUUUAAUAGUUUGAAAAUAAAAGUGACUAUGAAUCUAUUCAAGACACUAAAGUGACAUCAUCACCCUCUCCAUUUUUGAAAUAAGACAUAAUAGGAUAGCUAAACCUGUUCAAUGGAAUGCAAGUAAAGAAAGAAAUAAAAGAGAUAUAAAAUGCCAUUCAAAUGUCAUAGCAAUAUUAAUAAUAAUCUAUCAUUUUUGGCGAUAAGUUAAUGUAUGAAUAAAACAAAUAAAAAGAAAAUACUUAAAUUUAACAAAAUUGCUCAAGUCUAUCUACUAAUUUCGAAGCUAACAAAAACCAAAACUCACUAACUUUGAAAAACUAAAGCUAAUCAGAUUUAAAAAUUGCAAAUAUUUCAUAAUUAUCUUUCUAAAAAUUUGAAGAAACUCAAAGAAAUGAGAAUUAGCCUUAGAACUCUGUCCGUUUCGAUAAGUCAUAUGAGUAAUUAAUGAAUCUUACGCAAACAAAGUAAGAUUUGGAGUAAAUUGGAUAUUAUUACCAAGAAUAAAGUUAUCUUGAAGCAAUCAAAGAAAAGUAAAACGAAGUUUCUCCAAUAAGCUAAAUGAAAGAAGAUUUUUAGUAAAGAUAAAAAAAUUAAUGGCAGAUAUAAAGACAGUAGCUCUUUAUGCAAUAAUUAUCAGCUCCUUAGAGCUAGAGCAUAGAUUAAGAAGCAAAAGAUAAAGUAGUCAAGAAAUCAUAAACUAGAAAAAAUAAGUAAAAAAACUAAUUCUUGGCUAACCUUUAAAUAGAUGCUUCAAAUAAUAGUGUUUCUCUCUCAGGGGAAAGUCGUAGCUCAAAUGAAAAGAAUUUAAUUAUAAAAAAAAUAAAAUCAAAAGUUGGGUUGAAAAACUUAAUGGCAUACUUUUUCAUCGGAUUUGCUUCAUUUGGAAUAUUUAUUGGAAUAACUGUUCUGGGGUAUUUGAAUAACUAAAAUGGUAUUGAUCUAUUUUCGCCUUCAUUCAAAACAAUCACCAAGCCUAUAGAACUUUUGUAUAACACUCUUGAUGUGGCGAGAUAAGUAUGUUUCCAAAAUUUGGUUUAAAACUACUUCCCUUUAAUGGAUACCAAUUUGAAGAAUAUUUAAUCUAAUGCUGCUUACAAAAAAGCUGUUUCAGGUAUUAGUGACUUACAAGGAGACUAUGUUGCUUUAGUAUUGACUUACUCAAAUAGAGAUUCGAUUUCCUACCUUGAAAAGCAGAUAUCAGAUGUAAAAGUGAUGACAUAAAUAAAUAACUCAACAAAUAUUUACAGCAUUCAGACAAAACAAUAAAUAGAUUUAUUGAAAGACUAUUACUACUAUACUAAUUGGUUUUUAGUUUAAAACACACCUUCAAUCGAAUAUUUUGAAUGGGAAAAUCUUCCAGAAUUAAAGUAAAAAUAAACUUCUUUUUAGUCAUACAUUGAAUCAAAUAUAAGCAGCUUUUUGAAUGGCACUACUUAGAACUACUGGAUUUAGUUCUCAAUAGUAAUUUCUAUGGCUGGAUUACUUGUAAUAGUUUUCUUUGUUAUUAAAUAUUUAUCUGUAAAGCAAAAAGAAUAAAUUCUCUCUUUAAUGGGGUCAAUAAGACCUGAUUUACUUGAGCUCUAAAUAUAAAAAAUAAAUGAAUUUGUGGAAUUUAUCUAAAAAAAGAUUAUAAAAAAAUAAAACAAGCUAAAUGGAGGUCGCAAUAUUUCAUCAGUAGGUAGCAAUAUUUUCUCAAAUGAAUAGCUUGAGUAAGAAGAAGAAAUUAGGAAGUUUUAUUAAAUUUAGAAUUUUUCAUAAAAGCGUAAACGCUCAAUAGCUUAAUUUGAUAGCCUUCCUAAGAUAAAAUUCAUCCAUGUUUUAAUUGGCUUGAUUUUCAUAGCAGCAUUCGUUUUUCAGCCUAUAUUAAACUUGGUAUUAGUGAGCACGUAUGUUAGAGAGUAGCAGUGGCUAUUGGACUCAAAGAAAGCAGUAAUCGAGUUAAUAGUGGCAAUAUAACAAAUAAUAACCCCUUAAUUCUAUAACAUCUAAGCCAUUUUUAACAACUAAAAUCCAACUAAAACAUAGUAUUUUGAUUAUAUGCAAAAUGAAUUGGCAACCUAUUAAAAAAUGAAGAGUUAUUAAACUUAUUUAUAAUAUCCACCCUAAUUUACAAGAUAUAACCAAGUCUUAUACAAUGAUCUCUACAAUAAAAUAGUAAAUGAUGAUAUAUGUCAAGUUAUGAUAAACUACCCAACAUAUUUUAGGGCUAAUUAAACUGGAGUUUAAUGUGAAACCUUAGCUGAAGGUAUUUUGACAAAGGGAAUGAUAUAAAGCUAUAAUUAUGCAGUUGACUAAAUAGAUGUUUUUACAUAGAUUUAUAUGCAAUACACAGAAUACACACCUGUAGAGUUCCAAAAUAUACAAUAGUAAAUAUAAAAGCUAUAACAAAUGUAAAAUAUUUUGACUGAGCUAAAUGACUUAGUCAUUGCAAUAGAAAAUGGGGCUGUAGCUUUAAAUAUUUAUUAUUAUUAUGUUACAGCUGAAUAUACUGAUUCUAUUGCAAAUACUAUCUACUUCCUAUUUUGGUAUUAGCUAAUUUUUGUGUGUUUAGCUAUUUUUAUAGGUUGGAAUAAGCUAUUCUCAGCAAUAAACUAAGACUUAAUACAAACAAAAUCUUCUUUAACACUCUUUCAUGUUGACAUCCUUCUAGAGAGUGUUAUCAUAAAAAAAUAUUUCUAAACAAAUAAAUUUGGCAUUUUUUGA